GCCACGCCUCUGUCAGUACGUGCACGGCGCUCUCUCAUUUCACAGCAAACUCCAACUCGGCAAUUCCGCCUUCGCUGUCAAAUUUGUUGUUUUGCAUCUUGUUCUCGGCGAGCGGGCUCUUUUUUUAUUAUUAUUACUAUUGUUAAAGACGCGAUCGUGGGGCAGCCCAGAGGCGGCAGAGCAGCAAAGCCGUCACAAGGUGUGGCUGGAGCCGCCGCCAUCAUUGCGUCGGAGUGGAGUUGCCGUAGCAGCCCUGACGGGGCGCAGGAGGAGGGCGGCGGCAGCGGCGAUGGAGAUGGACUUGGCGACGGGGCAGACCGGGGAUUGGACGGAGACCCUGAAGGGGUGUGGAGUCCUGACAUUGAGCAGAGCUUUCAGGAAGCGCUGGCCAUCUACCCUCCCUGCGGCAGGAGGAAGAUUAUACUUUCAGAUGAGGGCAAGAUGUACGGUCGAAAUGAGCUGAUCGCUCGCUAUAUUAAGCUACGGACAGGAAAGACACGCACACGCAAACAGGUGUCUAGUCACAUACAGGUUCUGGCCCGCAAGAGGGUGCGUGAAUACCAGGCGAGCAUCAAGGUCUCUAGUCACCUGCAAGUCUUGGCCAAACGAAAGUCUCGUGAGAUUCACUCUAAGCUGAAGGCCAUGAACUUGGACCAGGUUUCCAAAGACAAAGCACUACAGACAGUGGCCAACCUCUCAUCAGCUCAGAUUGUGUCUGCAAGUGUGAUGAAAAGCCAAGCUUCUUUCCCUCCGCCAGUCAGGUUUUGGCCCGGCCACGUGCCAGGACAGCCUGGACAUUCUCAGGACAUCAAGCCCUUUGCACAGCCUCCUUACACAACACUAGCAGCUCCUGUUCCUCCACCCAUCAGCUACGAGUCCCUGCCUCCCCCUCGCCCGGCAGCCAUCGCGGCGGCGCCUGUGUGGCAGGACCGAACCAUUGCCUCAGCAAAACUACGGCUUCUGGAGUACUCUGCUUUUAUGGAGACGCAGAAAGAUAGAGAGAUGUAUAAGCAUCUGUUUGUGCACAUCGGCCCAUCCAACCCCAGCUACAGCGACCCCGUGCUGGAGUCGAUAGAUGUCAGGCAGAUUUACGACAAGUUCUCCGAGAAGAAAGGAGGCCUGAAGGAGCUAUACGAGAAAGGGCCCCACAAUGCUUUCUUUCUUGUCAAGUUCUGGGCAGAUCUGAGCAGCGAUCUUGAAGAAGGUUCCGGUGCCUUCUACGGCGUGAGUAGCCAGUACAGUGGUACGGAGAAUAUCACAAUCAGCGUCUCGACAAAGGUCUGCUCCUUCGGCAAGCAGGUGGUGGAAAAAGUCGAGACGGAGUACGCGCAUACGGAAGGCGGGAAGCACGUGUUCCGUAUCCAUCGCUCACCUAUGUGUGAAUAUAUGAUCAACUUCAUCCACAAACUCAAACAUCUACCGGAGAAGUAUAUGAUGAAUAGCGUGUUGGAGAACUUCACCAUACUACAGGUGGUGUCCAACAGAGAAACUCAAGAGACUCUGUUGUGUAUCGCUUUUGUGUUUGAAGUGUCCACCAGUGAACACGGCGCACAGUACCACGUUUACCGCCUAGUUAACGACUAGCUAUAACGGACACGCCAAGACUAUCCUUACAGUCGGCCAUUUUCUCCAACAGAUUGACAGCGUUGACACACCAGCAGCGUUUUGCCUCACCAGCACAGCCCAUAUUUGAAACACUAAAGUCAAAACAACGUGUGAUGCUUUUGGGAGUGUAAAUAAUCUGUUCAUGUUCUGUUGUUCAUGAUAAUCAGUUUCACUACUUUUCAGUGUUUUUAAUCAGAAGAAUAAUAAUGCUUCCGGAAGCAAAAAUGAAUGCAUUUGUUCCCAGCAAAAGCCAACGUGUCGUUGACAGUGAGGACUUUGAAUAUGCAGUAGAUAGGUCUACACACCCUUUUGCAAAUAUUUCAAGAGGAGGACUGGAAUAACUGAUCAUGUGGUUGCACAAGUGUGCACACCCUCAUGUAACUGGCAUUUGGCAAUGUUCCAAAUGAACCAAUAGCGGGCUUGGGACGAGAUGUAUUUUGUGAACUCACAAAUGCUACGAGAAUUCACCUUGCAGGCAAGAUCAAGUGUGUAUUAAGAUGUAGCUGGACUCAUGUUUUUCUUUGUAAGAUAAGGCUUAAUGGGAAGAAAUAAUUGAUCACAGUCUUUUUUUUAAUCACAAAAGCUAUCAAUUUGAACAGGGGUGUGUAGACUUUAUAUAUCCACUGCCAAAUGAUUUUGUAUGUUCUGUUUCAUCACUAUUAUUGUAUCUACCACAAUAACCGUCUUCAGCUGUCCUGUGUGUAAUGGCAGCAUUUCCCGAAUCACAAGAAAAGAUGGCAAUUCAUACCUUGAAGGAAGCAAAGUGUGACUAGUUGACUCCGAACAAAUCAAAUCUUAGUGUUAACGAACGCUUUAGUCAUUGCCAACAAAUUAAUCGACACAAAGGCGUCAGUGUUCUGACAGGAUGAGAAUUCCCUGAACUGUUUAUUUGCCUUUGCUGCAUUAUUUCUACCUCCGUGUGAGUUGGGAUUCAAAUGUGCUUUCAUAAAGCCCUGACCUAAGGAGCACUGACGUAUAGGACGUGUACACUACAUUUUUAAUGGUACGUUUUAUAAGCCAAAAUUAGCUCAAUAUACUCUUAUUUUUAUUUUUGUAAAAGCAGAUGUUUUUACCAGCACAGCUACCGCUAAUACUCUAAAAAUAUAUCUAUUUUUUGCAGCCCUGGUCACCCACAGUGCACUGGGGUCAAGUUCUCUGAACUGACACUUGUUUAGCUCCGUGGAAUGUUUUUAACUCUGUACACGUUAUUUAGCAACACUCGUUAGUUGAUCUGUCAUCCCCUCAUUUACUAGCAGGAUUAUACAUCAUGCGGACCGUGACAAGAAUGUGUGUUUUUGUUUUCACGUCACGGAAGUUUGAGCCAACAUGUUCACUCGGAAAUAAUCCCAUUUGUUGUGUGGAGGCCCAUUCCGCCAUUUCGGUCAUAUUCCUUCUCCAGUCUAUGUAUACACAUAUGUUGAAUAUGUGCCUUUUAGGCUAUGCCAAUAAAAUCACUCACGGUGUUUGCAGGA